ACACGACUCCUUACGGAAUGACCCGAACACCGAACUUUCAAACGUAUUUAUCAAUAUGGCGAACCGUGGUUUGAAUUUGAUCGUUACCUGACGGCGCAUUGUGAAGUUUGUAUAACACAUGUGAUAUUUAAUCAUUUACGGGAUAUAUUUGAGCUUUCGAACUGAGAAUUAUAUAUCGACUAGCCUUGGAUUUCAUUUCUAUAACUUCACUAUGGAGAAUUUCGUAAAAAUCGAAAAAAUUGGCGAAGGAACUUAUGGUGUAGUUUAUAAGGGAAAGCACAAAAAGACAGGGGAAAUUGUAGCUAUGAAAAAGAUUCGUUUGGAAAACGAUGAUGAAGGAAUACCAUCAACGGCGAUUCGUGAAAUCUCAUUGCUCAAAGAAUUAUUGAAUCCUAAUAUUGUCAGACUAAUGGACGUACUGAUGGAAGAAACUAAAUUAUAUCUUAUUUUUGAAUACCUUACAAUGGAUCUGAAAAAGUAUAUGGAUAGUUUAGGUACUGGAAAGCUGUUGGAACCAAAAGUUGUUAAAUCUUAUUUGUAUCAGAUUACACGUGCUAUAUUGUUCUGUCAUAAACGUAGAAUACUACAUCGUGAUUUAAAACCACAAAAUUUACUGAUUGAUAAGUCAGGUGUCAUCAAGGUAGCUGAUUUUGGUCUUGGAAGAGCAUUUGGUAUACCAGUCAGAAUAUAUACACACGAAGUAGUUACUUUAUGGUACAGAGCACCAGAAAUACUUCUUGGUGCCAGCAGAUACUCAUGUGCUAUCGAUAUAUGGAGUAUAGGAUGCAUAUUUGCUGAAAUGUCUACAAAGAAGCCAUUAUUUCAAGGAGACAGUGAAAUUGAUCAGUUAUUCAGAAUAUUUCGGAUACUAAGGACACCCACUGAGGAAAUAUGGCCUGGUGUAACACAGUUAUCAGAUUAUAAGGCCACAUUUCCAAAUUGGAUAACUAAUAAUUUGGAAUCACAAGUUAAAACAUUAGACACUGAUGGACUUGAUCUUUUGCAAGCAAUGCUUGUCUAUGAUCCAGCGUAUAGAAUAUCUGCUCGAGCUGCAUUGCAGCAUCCUUAUUUUAAAGAUUUGGAUUUAUCUAAACUGCCAUCAGCUCCAAAUUAAUGAGCUACUAUCGGAAGGUUAAAUGUAUAUUGCUCAGAUUAUGACAUUUUAAUUGUGUGACUAUGUAGAGAAUACGUCUCAGAGUAUCCAGAUAAGUUAAUUUAUUCGGGCAUAAGAACGAUUUAUAAAUUUUUGUUUUAUGACUUUAUUUCUCAAAUGGGGAAAAAUUCCUGAAAGGAAUAUUUAUUUCAUAUUGCCCUACAGUUACGUUUUGAUAAAAUUCCGAGUGAAGGUUUCUAGAAAGGAACAACUAUGUCAUGAUAAAAAUACCAGCAGCUUGAGACUUUAACGAGUCACCAUUAUCGUACAAAAAUGCACAAAGGCACACAAGAAUGCAGGAUAACAUGACGAUAUUAUCUAUUUAUUAGCACUUACUUUAACGUAUUACUUACAAUUAUCAUUUAUUAAGUUAAAUUAAGCUCUUAUCGAGUGCCUUUAGGUACUAUUUUAUCACACAGCAAAGGGGUGAGUUGUAUUUUCACAUCCUGAUUUUAUCAGAAAUUGCUUGUAACUUAAUUUUAAAGAAAUCGCUACUGCCACGUGUACAUAUCACUACAAAAUUUCACAGUCUUGUUGAAAUAUAUCUUUUGUACUUUUAAUCUCAAAUAAACGACGAAAUGUUUUAAUACGAA